AAGGAUGAACGACUUUUAAUCAUUUCUGACCUUCGUGAAUAUCGAACUGUAAAUCGUUUGGAAACGCGUGUGCCGUUUACAAUACCGUAACCGCAGGAGACCAAGCUGUUGACCGCAUAUUUCAUUCCCUAAUCGCAUUUUUGCGAUGUAAAGGAAACUCGCUUUUGACGAACGCCGUCAUCAGGUACAUUUCCAUAAGGAAGCCAGUACGUGCUUAGUCCCCAAAAGCAAGCAACACACGACCUAACAGAUUUAACCUCGGAUUAUCUUCUUAUAUACCUUGAACGGUGCGAGUUAAAGACCGUUAACGUGAUGUCUACAAGGCAGUUGGCGAGACAAAGGAGUUUGAAGGGGAAAGAAGCGCUCUUGGAAUGGUGUAAACAGCAAACGGAGGGCUAUAAAGACGUGAAUGUCUGCGAUCUGACAUCCUCUUGGAGAGACGGGCUCGCAUUUUGCGCACUUCUGCACCGAUUCAGUCCUGAACUCCUUGAGUUUGAUGACCUGUCCAAGGAGGACGCUUUGAAAAACAAUGAAUUGGCUUUCAAAAUCGCCGAGGAGAGGCUUAAGGUUCCCGCCCUUUUGGAUGCGCAGGACCUGGUAUCGAUGAAAGUUGUUGACGAAUUGAGUGUGAUGACGUAUGUGUCAAUGCUUUACAAACGAAUGAACAAACACUCUUCUUCUGCUCCCACAAGUCCGACAGCCACUUCUCCGACAGGAACAGGUCAAGCCAGGAGAACCCUUUUUGAUGUCCUUAGAGACGAGAAUAACUUCACUGAGCGCUGCGAAAAGCGGAAAAAUCUGAAAAAUUGCCACAGCUCCGAGGAGAUAAAUCCACUGAGUAAGGCAGCUCCGAUAGAAUCGACAUUGGAAGAACUGCAACAGGAAAACAAGGGCUAACACACAAUGAUCAUAAAAUUGAAUUACUACAAACUCUUUCAUAUCAAUAUGCAAGUUUUUCCAUUCAUUAGAUGGAGAAUACCAAGAGAAUAUGAGAAUACUCACAGUAGAGAAAAAGUGAUCAUGGUAAACAUCAAUAUUUUUACAAUAUUUUUAUCAACCAUAUGUUUUUCCACUUGUUCACCAAUAUAGCAUUCUUCCUGUUACUGAAUAAACCUAGUAACAGCUCAACUAUUUGUAACAACCAAUUUUUAUUGGGUAAUAAAGAAAGAGAAAUUAAAUUCGAUUUGCAAAUGCCAUGUAAGAACUAUGUAGAUUUAUUGCACAAUGAUAUAUCUUUAUAAGAGGUCUGUUUUAAAUUAAAAUAAACAUGAUUUUAAAACGUC